CUGUUUCCCUGUGCCUUCAGUGUUCCUGCUGUGAGGCAUGUCUGUUUGCUGCCCUGUUGUUUGGAGAUAAAGCAGGCAGUUCCUGUGACAGCGUGAAAUGUUUACAUCCCCUCCUAAAUGAUCUUGUACAAAACUUACAUGAACUGGCUGUGAAAACUGGCUGCGCUUCCCUCACUGAGGCGGAAAGAGGGCGCCCCUGGGCAGGCGGUGGGAGCCAGUUCCCUUUAUAAAAGGACUUCAUCACUCCCCUCCCUCAGAGGCAGCUGACAAGGAACUAGAGUCAUAUGACUUCACACUAGGAAAUCGCCGGAUGCCUGCAAGGAUGUAUCCUAUUUUGAUCUUCUCUCUAGUGACUUUGAGUUCAGGUUAUUUUAUCAAGCCACCCAAAGAGCCCAGACAGGCGUGGGGAUAUGUGCCCGUCAGAAGCAAUGCAAGCAUGUUCUGGUGGCUGUAUUAUGCGGACAACCCUGCCCAGAAUUUCACAAGCUUUCCUCUUAUCUUGUGGCUUCAAGGAGGCCCAGGGGCUUCAGGCUGCGGAUAUGGGAACUUUGAAGAGAUCGGUCCAUUAGAUGCAGAUCUGAAACCCAGAAGAACCACUUGGCUGCAGGCAGCAAGUGUGCUGUUUGUUGAUAACCCCGUUGGCACUGGGUACAGUUAUGUGAAUGACACCCUGGCGUACGCCACAGACAUUUGCACUGUCACUUCAGAUAUGAUGGUACUUCUCAAAGAGUUCUUUGCAUCUAAGACAGAAUUCCAGAAAAUCCCUUUCUACAUUUUUUCAGAAUCUUACGGAGGGAAAAUGGCUGCUGCCAUUGCUUUGGAGCUUUAUAAGGCUGUUGAAGCCGGGACAAUAAAGUGCAACUUUAGUGGGGUAGCCCUUGGUGAUUCAUGGAUUUCUCCCAUAGAUUCUGUGAUUGCCUGGGGGCCUUACCUUUACACCACUUCUUUACUUGAUGAUAAAGGUUUAAAGGAAGUGACAACGGCAGCCAAAAAAAUCCUGGAUGCUAUGAAUAAAAAGGAAUUCAAACUGGCUACCUUGCUUUGGAGUAAGGCAGAGGACAUCAUAGAGAAUAACACAAAUGGAGUGAAUUUCUACAAUAUUCUGACUCAAGAGUCAGAAACUGCUUCAAGGAGUCUUACAUCCACUCUGAGUGAAACACUCCCAUUCAUAAAGCUCUUCCAGCGUCAUGUGCAAUACCAAAAUAAAGACAAGCUGAGUGACUUGAUGAAUGGGCCCAUCAGAAAGAAGUUGAAAAUAAUUCCAGACCAUGUCAAGUGGGGAGGUCAGUCUGAAAAUGUGUUCAUGAAUAUGGCCGGAGACUUCAUGAAGCAUGUGAUAGACACUGUAGAUGAACUGCUGGAAGCCAACGUCAAUGUCACUGUUUAUAACGGGCAGCUGGAUCUCAUUGUUCCUACUAUGGGUCAAGAAGCAUGGAUCCGGAAACUGAAAUGGCCCAAGCUGAAAAAAUUCAGUGCACAAAGAUGGCAGCCUUUGUAUGCAUGCCCAGAAUCCACACAGACAGCAGCCUUCCAUAAGUCCUAUGAUAACUUAGAUUUCUUUUGGAUCUUAAAGGCUGGGCACAUGGUGCCAGCUGACCAAGGCGAUAUGGCGCUGAAAAUGCUUAGGAUUGUGACCCAUCAAAGACACUAAGAGAGUUGGUGCCAGGCUGGCUUGACUUCCUCAGAACAUCGCAAGUCCCGGCUGGAUGUGUCUGUCUCUAUUUUCCGUGCAUACUGACCUGCAGGAAGAGGAGUUGCUGUUCAGCAUCAUCGUGGCUUUCUGCGGUCUGCAGGCAUUCACAGCAGCAUUUUAAGUGGAUGAAGAUACAUUGCCUAGGACAUGUACAGUAUAAACCUGUGAUGCUCUGCCCCGACUUUACUCAAUGGCGCUUCAGAGUGAUCAAGGAUCCACUGCAGACUUAAAAAUAAAGCUGGGUAAUGCCGCCAUUGGACCGCUGACAAGUUAGAAACAGGCAAACUUUUGAGUCUUGCAGAACUCUGCUUCGCUCUGAGCAUUGCAGAAUGGGAUGCGGGAGGGGUGUGAAACAGAAAGUCCAAAAAGACCUGAGAAGUCCCUUUGACUUCACUGCUUGUGUCCUUCUCCUGUAGCUCUACAGCUUGACAAGAAGUAUUGCUGGACUUGAAAACUCGCCUGUUUCUAAUACAAUCAAUAAAUGUAUUACUUAGUUCUUAUUUCUGCAUUUUGUACAAGAACCACCAAGCUUUUUUCUUCUUAUUUUGUUUGAUCCUAUGGGCCUGAUUUCUGCUACACUGUCUUUUAUUUUUGUUUUUUUGAGCAAUAGAGAACUUUUGACCAACUUAUGUUUACAUAUAACCUUUAAUCCUGGUGCUGUACAGAGGAAUAAUGGGUAGAUGUUCCUUAUCAAAUCAAAAUGUCCAAAGUGAACUACUAUGGUUACUUUCUAUGGGUUCCCUCCACCCCCCAAAAAAAUAAACUAAGGGCAUGAAACAUA